AUGCUUAACACCUGCACUGUUUUUGAUUCACUGCAUAACACUGUUCUGCCUUGCCAAGACCAGUACUUUGUAGGAGGCCAGAGCUAUAAUUGCCCGUAUUCCACUACAACGUCAGAAUCUAGUGUUGACGUUUCCACGGAGACUUGGGUCUCUUUCUGGGCUGCUGGUCUCCUGGACAACAGAGAGCCCCAACAAGCACCACAGGCACAGGAAUCAUCCAGUGACUCCAAUUUCCCUGUUCCUAACUCAUGUUCGUGGGAAGAGGCUCAGCUUUCCUCUCAGCUCUACAGAAACAAGCAGCUCCAAGAUACUCUGGUGCAGAAGGAAGAAGAACUUGCUAGGUUACACGAAGAGAAUAAUCAUCUUAGACAAUACCUGAAUUCUGCUUUGGUUAAAUGUCUUGAAGAAAAGGCCAAGAAAUUACUGUCAUCAGAUGAGUUCUCCAGAGCAUGUGGAACAUUCAGGAAGGGAAAGAGGAAACCUAAAGAGCAAAGAUAUUUUCUUCCUGAAAUCCCCCAUCAUAAAACUGCCAAGAGAAACCUCUCCAGUGAAUUUGCUAACUGUGAAGAACAGCCGGGGCCCCCUGUGGAUCCUUGGGUUCUUCAAACACUUGGAUUAAAGGACUUCAAUACCAUUGAUGACACUUUAUCAGCUAACUACAGUGCCCUCUCCUCUCAUCCCAGAAGAAUUGCCGGCACAUUUCCUCAGUUUCUGGAUAAUGCAGUCAAUUAUGAAAAUAUCCCCAGGGAAGACCUGCCAAUUGACUAUGGAGGUGACCGAACAACCCCCUCACAUAGCACUACCAGGCAUGCGGAAGAUUUCCACUUACUUUCUCAACUUUCAGAUGCACCAGGGGAGCUGCAAACUCAUCCUUACUAUUCUUCUGAUGUGUCCCCCAAUAAGACAGAGAUGGCCUUUUCCACAUCCCUGAGCCCUCACUGUAAUGUGAAAACUCACUCCUUCCACCAGGGACAAGCCUUUGUUUGUCGAGAUGAGGAGGGAGGCUGGAAGUUCACCUGGGUCCCGAAGCAGUCUUAG